GAGGGGGGUGUGCGCAGCCCGUGUCAGUUUCGGAGUCCUGGCUGUUCACCUUCGCGUCUCCGGGAUCCUGAGCCCAGCUUCCCGCUGAAGCUUUUUCCCUCCUCGGCGGGCGAACUGGGCGCCCCCACCCUGUUCUGCAGCGCGCUGCAUCUCCCCCAGCCCGGGGCCCCUUCCUGUGUUUCUUCUGUGGUGUACUGAUCCAGGGGACUUUCUGUCUGUUUUCUCCUUUUCCCUCUUUGUUGCUCUAAAACCAUUUAAGCCCAAACCCGCCGCGCAGGAGGGAGUUCGGUUUCUCCAGAAAGGCGGCUGCCGCGGGCUACACCGGCCCCUCCUGCGGACCCGAAAGCCGGUGCGCCCACCCCACCUGCCCUACCCGCCGCCUGCCUUCGUUCGCCGGAGGAAGCCAGCCGAGAGUUCAUUGAUGCACCCAUUCCAGUGGUGUAACGGGUGUUUCUGUGGCCUGGGACUGGUUAGUACCAACAAGUCCUGCUCCAUGCCACCCAUCAGUUUCCAGGACCUUCCUCUCAACAUCUACAUGGUCAUCUUUGGUACGGGCAUCUUCGUCUUCAUGCUCAGCCUCAUCUUCUGCUGCUAUUUUAUCAGCAAACUCCGGAACCAGGCACAGAGUGAACGAUAUGGCUAUAAGGAGGUGGUACUUAAAGGAGAUGCCAAGAAGUUGCAAUUAUAUGGGACCUGCGCAGUCUGUCUGGAAGACUUCAAGGGGAAGGACGAGCUGGGUGUGCUCCCUUGCCAACAUGCCUUUCACCGGAAGUGUCUGGUGAAGUGGCUAGAAGUACGCUGCGUCUGCCCUAUGUGUAACAAGCCCAUUGCUGGGCCCUCGGAGGCCACUCAGAGCAUCGGGAUCCUGUUGGACGAGCUGGUGUGAGCACCGCUUCUGUGCCAAGACCUGGAAAAGACCUCCUGCCCCACGGGUGCCUGAUCCCUCUGCACAGCUGCAGUGAACAAGGACUGUUGGGUGGUGAUUGCCAUGCUUACCUGAAGGGGCAGGGGUGCAGGGCUGGUCUCCCAGCAUCAGGGUGAGACCAGCAUCGCCCCACCUCUCUGCCCCUGAAGCCGCUUCCCUACUACUCAGAACUAAUGGCGUCCCCCAUAAAGAACACUGUAUCCUGGUACUGGAUUGUCUGCCUGCCUGUCCCUGCUGGGGAAAGCCAUCCACGCUUAUCUGGCUGAGCGCUUGGAGUUCACCCCCUGAGGGUUCCCCUUAGGAGGACAGGCUGCCCUGACCUCGAAGAAGGGUUAAGAUGGGCCCUGCCCCCCCUGUCACCUCCCUCCCCUCUUCACUCCUUGCCUAGGAAGGUGAGAAGGGGAGGAAGGAAUGAUCAAGGAACCAUCAAGGAACCAAGUGCCUCCACUGGAAGUGAGAGAGGCUCUGUAGGAAGUCAGGAAGAGCAGGGGACACAGAAAAAAGGAAAGUCAAUGUUUACAUGGGGCCUGUGGAAAUAAAGGCUGGUGGGCAGGCCUGCUGACUACAGGGUACUGGAGGGCAAAGGCCUUCCCCCUGCUAGGAUCUGUGGUGCUAUCCGUUCACUCUCUUCCUCGGUUAAUCUCAGAGCGUCCUAUGCCGUGUUGGGGUUUGGGUGCCCCUCGAGAGGAAGGGCUUGUUCUACACUCAUGAAUUCCCAGGGGCUUUUUCUAAAGGAGCAAAAGGGGCCUGGGGAUGGGGGUGUCUGUCUGAAGGUUAAUUAAGGUAGCAGCAGAUACCUUCUUCCCCUUUGUAAAUAGUAUUUUUAUACUUCAUCCUCACCAUCUCAGGCUUUAUACAUGGAACCCCUGAAUGGAGGGGGUAGGGUUUUCUCUCCCCGACCUGGAGUAGGUGAGGGGUGGGACAAAGGUAUGUAUUUAAAGAAAAUUAAAUUUAAUAACAAGUUUCUCUAACUUUUUGCCUGUGGUUAUGGCCUGUGUCUCUUGGCCCUUUUCUGCCAGCAAAGGAAAAAAGUUCUCUUACCGCUGCUUCUCACUUCUCCAUACUCAAAACACAUGCCCAAAGGUUCCCAAAUCUUAAAAAGAAAAACUGAUGUCAGGUUAUUACCUGUAUGCCAUAGGACUAACAUCCAUGUACUUUAAGGCCUGAUUACAAUAUUCUAGAAAUGAGCUGAAUGAGCCUGGCUUCAGGAAAGGUGAUGCGUGCCACCAUGGUGUGUGAAAAAAUGCCAAGCUUAGUAAAACUUGAAAUUAAUAAAAUCCCACACGACAUUCAAGUAAUUGUGCUCUUACCACCACUCAAGGUCCGGGUUGCUACCACAGAAGCUUGAUUGCUUUCCCUUAUUAGUUUUUUCUCACCUCCUUGCUGACAAUCAUGGACACAUGCUACCCUCCUAUACCAACAUCUCUGAAGUGUUGCGUCAACAAAUUCAUGCCCCCGUGUGUGCUCGGAUCUUUUACCCAUGCCCUCCACCUUUGCGAGAUCUCAGUGUCUCAAGGGAGUGUGGAAUCACUAAUGGAUAUGCAAAAUGGACUAGGAGGGCCGAGAACAAUUUUCUUGGCCAUCAUGAGCAUGGAGCAGGUGGGCUGUGGUUCCCCAGGGUGGCCAAUGGUCAUCCCAGGAAGCAAGCCCUGGGUACUGUGCACACUAGGAAUAUGGAGCAGAGUA